AUGCCGCAGACUGGAGGAGUGAGGAGCAUGACUUUCCAGAAGACACCACGUAAUGACAUAUUGGAGAAUAAUCACUACAGCGUGCAGAUUUCUGAGGCUGAAUUCAGUGACGUAAACCCUCGGCCUGAAAAUAAACCUGAGAUUAGAAUUCCUAACUCUAUUCAGCUGCAUGUGGAACACUCAGAUGAUAACGAGUGUAACGACAUUAAGUGUAAUGACUACGUUGGUGAUGGAACACGUCGAUCUGGUGUGGACUUAAACAGAGUCGUGUGGGAUGAAGUGUCAGACGUUACGCCGGGGUCCACUGAAGGUCCCGUGGUGCUCACACACCCUGAAGGUCCUGUGGUGCUCACACACCCUGAAGGUCCUGUGGUGCUCACACACACUGAAGGUCCUGUGGUGCUCACACACCCUGAAGGUCCUGUGGUGCUCACACACACUGAAGGUCCUGUGGUGAUCACACACCCUGAAGGUCCUGUGGUGCUCACACAGUCCGGUCCGGUUCGUGGACUGACUCUGGAUAAAGCUCAUGUGUUUUAUGGGAUCCCGUACGCAGCCCCUCCUGUAGGCCCAAAACGGUGGGCCGCUCCUGAACCCGUGUCUCAGUGGACGAAGCCGUAUGACGCCACGUUCCCUCGGCCGGCGUGCAUUCAGGUUUGUGCGGGGGAAUUCUCUGAAGCCUGUCCUCAUAAGGUGAGUGAGGACUGUCUGUACCUGAACGUUUAUGUUCCUGUGAGUGUGGAUCUCUCACUGAAGACCACUGCUCAGCUUCCUGUCAUGGUGUGGAUCCAUGGAGGUGACUUCAUCGCCGGCUCCGCCUCCAAACCGUUGUACGACGGACGCUUCAUCAGUAACUAUAGCAACACCGUGGUGGUAAAUGUGGAGUAUCGCCUGGGAGCAUUCGGGUUCCUGGUGACGGGAAAAGAUCCUGAGAGGUCUGCCGUGGGAAAUUACGGAAUUCUGGAUCAGCAGGCGGCACUGCGCUGGGUCCAAAACAACAUCGCUGCAUUUGGUGGAGACCCAGUGAAGGUGACUCUAUUUGGUGAGAGUGCUGGUGCUCAGUCAGUGUGUUUACACCUGAUGAUGCAGAGCAGCGAAACUCUGUUCAGACACGCAACGAUACAGAGCCAGCCUUUCUCCAUCCCCCUCAAAAGCAGGUGGGAUGCUACAAAGUUGGGCAGGAACUUUGUGAAACAGACGAAUUGCUCAGCGUCUGACAUACAGUGUCUUCGCUCCCUCAGCACACACACCGUCCUGCAGGCCCAGGUUCACGCAGGUUCUAAGAUCAUCAACCCGUUCCGCUUCCUGGAGGUGUUUGAGACGUGGGGGCCGCACGUGGAUGGAGAACUGAUCACGGAGCAGCCGAUCGCAGCGUUCCAGAAGGAUCACUGGCAGAGUUAUAAACCUGUUAUAAUGGGAACUACCUCCGAAGAGGGCGUGAUCUUUGUAUAUGGAGCUUUCAAUGGCUCAGUGUCAGUGCUGGAGUGUAUAGUCUACACCACCGCCAUCUUCAAACAGCACACACUCAGAGUCCUACAGAAAUAUCUCCCCGUCUACCAUAAAGAGGACAAACGGACGAUGCUGUCUCAGAUCGUGACGGAUUUCGUCUUCCUGUGUCCGGCUCGGCGGUCCGCCCGCUCUGCGCUGAGAACGGGUGGAGCUGUGUGGAUGUACGUAUUUGACCACGCCCCUUCGGAUCACAAAAUAUGGGCGGGGCUGACUUUCUGUUACGAUCACGCCUGUCAUGGGGCGGAGCUUCCGUUCCUGUUCGACUCGGCUUCCACGGCGAACUUCAGCUUCACGGCUCGGGAGAGUCGCCUGGCCGACCAGAUGGUGUGUUACUGGGGGGCGUUCGCUCACUCCGGAGAUCCGAACUGUCGCAGAGAACACACGCCCUUCUGCAGGAACCAGAGGCUCGCACCGUGGCCUAAAUACACCCCUGCUGAGGGAUGGCCGGUUCUGAAUUUAACUCUGCGGUCCCACCUUCAGCACGGAAACAGAGAUGGUUUCUGUGACUUCUGGGAUCGUCUGGAUAUUUACUGACCGAGGAACUAAAGACACCAGCAAUUUAUUAACUGCAACGCUGCAUGAAUAUAACUGAAAACUAAAGCUGUGCCUUAAUUAUAAUCGUUUUUAUUGUUUGAGGAAAGUAA